UGUCAACUCACUUCCUCUUUUGAAAUCGAAAGUGCACAGGAAAAUAACGAAACAAAAAUCGUCAAAAUGAUGGUUUUUAUUAAUCGAUAUACAGCAUUAAUAGAGUAUAAAUUGCGUGAUUGUUGAUCGGCAAUACAUAUAUGGAAUCAAAUAGAUGUAGUCAGGUAUCUGCACUUACGUUUGCAUAAAUUGUAGGCGUUUUCAUUUUAUAUAUUUCAUGUCGUUUAAACUUGUUUGUAGCUCAAUUUGUUGCACGCUGAUAAAGCAUUAAAUUACUUGUAAUUAUGGGCUUUUUAGGAUAACAGAAUAGCAAAUUAUCAAUCUUUACACCACCAAAAACGGAAUGGAUUGGAAUACUUUAUGAAGAUGUUGAUUUAUUUUUAAUUAAAUGUCGACCGUUUUAAAUUAUUAUUAAGCUUUAUGCGUAUCGUUCAGCAUAACAGGCUUUUACUAAGAAACUGAAUGCAGUGCUUUAAAAAUUAUGCAUUCAGGUUUUUGCUGCGUUUAAACCAUGGUGAGAGUACGGGGAUUGAGUAGAAGUAAAAAAAUGAAAUAACAGGAAAAUAAUGUACUGAAGUAUCUACGUACUUCACACAGUUUUUUAAAGAUUUAAAAUGUAGAUCAAUUAGACAUGCUACUACGUUUGUGUUUACCACUGUUAGCUCACUUACUGGUUUACGCACAUUGGUAAGAUAAUAGCACUCUGGGUAUUGACGAAACAAUGCAACGAUUUAUGGCAAGGUCAAUAGUUUCUUAUUGCACCAGUAAAUAUACCAUUUAAUUUGGAUUGACUUUAGAAAGACAAGAACAUUUAUUAAUAAUACAAUAAUUAAAUUGUGGCAUAUAUGUAUUGUUAAACUUAUCAGCGAAAGAGAUGUUUGUAAAUGUGAAAACACUAAACUGCUAUCUAAUUCACAACUUAGGAGAUCUUCGAUUAAAUGACAAUAGACCACAUUUUUAUCAAUUGCUGCUUAAAGAUAACUUGCUUUAACUACAUACGGUCCAUACAAAAUAGUAACAACGGGUAUAAAGCUGACCUGAGCAAGAAGUGCUCAUUGCGAUCUGUUGUGGUCCGUCAUUAUCCGACGUCGCGCAUCGCUAGUCGUGCAUCUUCAACUGUUAGCUCGUCAUCAAAUUCCAGACCACAUUUGGUCUGACAGGGCUUUUUUUCUUCUUUGAGAGGCGCCGAAUAUCGGCCCUUUCCCCUAGACGUAUGUUUUCCCCUAUUACAGAGAUUUUCCCCAAAACAUACUGCUAUCUAAAAAAAACACAUUUUUUUCGGAAACCUUUAAUUAUAUAAGUUAACCUGAUCCAGUGUAGAAAAUAGAAAAAUAUUGCAUAAUUAAAUUAUAUAUUGCCUUGAAUUUGUUUUAAAAACAGUAAACUAUGUUAAAUUGAUUAUUAAAGACUUUACUAUUUUUCCCCUAAAUCCCGCGUUUCGCGCGAUUUUUUCCCCUCAAAAAAGGCCAGGCCCUUUCCCCAAAAUCAGAUAAUAAACCUGGGUCACCCAAUCUUGAUGAGACCUGGUCAAAAUGUUUAUCUUGUCAAUAUCUAGGUCGGUUCAAAUCUUGGUCAGUGCGUCACAAUAUAAGAUCAUCAGGUAAAAAAAGUUACCACUGUUGAGGCAAUAUUUAUGACUCGAUCUUGAUAAAACUUGGUAAGAAUGUUUCUCUUGACAACAUAUAUACCUAGUUCGAAUCUGGGUCACAUCGGCCCAAAUACUAGGUCGCCAGGUCAAAUCUUAGACAAACCGUGUAACCACUCCUGAGGAAACAUGUAUGAUUCAGUCUUACUGAAACUUGGUCAGAGUGUUAAUGUUCAAUAUAUAUAUACCUCCGAGUUCAUGCCUAAAACUAUGUCACUUUGUCAAAUCUUUAAAAGAGAAUGAUGCCACUAUACAGGCAACAUGUAUGUUCAAAUAGUGUUGAAACUGUGUCGGAAUGUUUAUGUUGAACAUUUAAGGCCGGGUUCGCAUCUGGGUUACAUGUUUUUAAGAAAUAUGUUGCCAUUUUAAAUCCUAUAAAAACCGUACAACCACUCUUACUCAAUCUAAAUGAAACUUGGUUAGAUUAGUUAUCUUGACAAUAUCUUAGUAAGAUUUUCAUCUUGGUCAUGUGCGUCUCAUUGUAGAUAACUAGGUAAAAACUUAAAAUUACUUAUUACCACCCUAGAGGCCACAUUUAUUACUCAAUUGUGAUAAAUUUUGGAUACAAUCUUUAUCUUUAUAUCGAGGCACAUUUCCAAUCAGAAUCUUGACUAUAUUAAGAUAUAACGGCAAAAAACGGACCUAAAAUUGCAUACAACAAACAAAAUUACGUGAAUGAUGUAACUUUUAUUGUGAAUGAAUAUAAUUAGUGUAUUUCUUAAUAAGUUAUGCAUGUGUUUGUGAUACAUAUUGUAUAAAAUAAAAAUAAUUAAACUGAAAAAAAAUACUAUUUUUAACGUUCCAAUGACCUAUUUUCCACCCCAAAGCUGGAAAGGCCUGCAUGAUAUGGUCAUCGAACGUAAUUUGUGGAGCUCUAUUCACGCGAAAGUAAUAAAAUGCAAAAAUGUUAAUGGUAUCAAGACAGUUGAAUGGAAGCCAAAACGACGCCAAUUUCGCGAAACAAUUAAUUCACAUCAUCAUGAUUUACUUCAAAUGACGCACAAUGUCAAGUGCGAUUUUUUACCAAAAUUCUCAGGGAAUAUUCUUGGGCGAUCCUCUACAAAUGUUAUACAAAUUGUGGCAGUCAGCUUUUAUCUAGAUAAAAACUUACAGAUUUAAAAAGUGAAUAAGGCCAAAAUAAUAAAAUUCAUAUUGAAAUCGAAUUAUGGUCAUCUACACAAUUUGUUUAAAUCGCGUCCAUUUAAUAAAACGGUCAUAUCUCUGAAUACAUGAUAUAUACAGAAUGCACGAGCGAACUUAGGUCGUAAAAUACUUAACUAUAGAACCACAAGGCACAAGGUUUUAAUAUUUCUGUCAUUGCCAUCACAAGUGGUCCUAUACAAAGUUCUUUAAAUAUUUCAUGCUACAUUAUUGAGAAAAUGGGCGACCAAGAAGAAAUUUCAACCGAGGGCAUUGAUCCUGAAGCACUUGAAUAUGCUCGCGAGGUACAGUCAGUUGCAAAGGAGAUAGCAGAUAAUAAAGAUAUAGCUAAACAGUUGAAAUCAAUACUUGAGACAAUAGCAAAUGAAUCAGUUCGCGAAGAAAGGGAUUAUCUGCUUUUGACAGGCCAGACAAGAGAUUUUGUUAAAAGUCUAGGGUUUACAUCACCAUUUUCAGUCAGCAGAACUAAAGCCAUUAUUAACAUACUGCUUUUAAUGUGGAAUCACACAAAUGUUGCUAGGUAUGUUAUGAAGAGUGUUUACAAUGUGGAUAUCGCUACAACAGUUGAUGAAAUGCUUGAACAAUUUCCAAGUGAUCUUAAACAGCUGGAUGAAAGGUCUGCUGAGAUCUUUGCCAAAGCUUUAAAAGAUGGCUCCGAACAAGUUAAGAACAUUCGUUUAAUGGUCGUUGGAAUGUUUGGCGUGGGAAAAACGUCCCUUGUAAACAAUUUGAUCAAAGACUUGAGGGAUGAAAACAUAAUUCCUAAUAGCACCGAAGGUAUUGACUUGCGCAGGUGCCAGCUGAUGACUAAUGGAGACUGGCAUUUGGAUAAAGAACAAAAAGCAGCUAAAUAUCAUUCGAGGAUUACAAUUGCUAUAAGGGAUGUCAUGAAGCCUUCGAACACUGAUGUGCAUCACGAUCUUCCUAAUAUACAACUGAUCCCAGAUGAAGAAGUACAUGAAGAAAGCGAUAUACCGAUAAACAAGUAGUAGAUAUUAAAGCGAUAGAUGACGCCAAUCAAUCAAAUAUACAGCCACUUGCUAAAACAGAACUGGAAUUGUUUUUAGAGAUUCAGCACAGACAUGGUAAUAUCCUUUAUUUCAACACAGAGCAACUCAAACAUACGGUUGUUCUUGCUCCAGAAUGGAUAAUUGAAGUAUUCAAGCGCUUUAUAACGCAUUUACGAGAUAAAGACCCUAAAUUGACGGAUCACUGGAUACUUUAUGAGGAAAGUGCUAUUCUCAGACCAGAGGUUUUCAAAGAAAUUAUGGACAAUAGUCAAGAAGAUAUUAAAGAAAAUAGAGAAAUCGUUCUGAAUUACAUGGAGUACCUCGAUGUUAUGGCAAAGCCCUUAAUACGUGAGGAAGCUGACGAAGCAAAUGAGCAUAUUGACACACAUGAAACGGUUGAAGUUCCACAAUUGAAUUUCAAACUUCUUGAUUUCCAUAUUGUGCCAUGUCGGCUGAAGAACCCACCACCUCCCAUAUCCCGCUUUACUUCUCCGGAAAAUUGCGAGAAAACACCUGUAUUAUGCUUUGCGUUUGUUGAAAACUUUAUGCCACCAUCAUUUUUUCACAGACUUGUUGCCGUCUGUAUAAGCACUUGGCCUAUCAGCAAAUCAGGACCACACGACCAGUUGUACAAUGGCCUUGCUGUGUUUGACAUUCAUAAAACCGAAUGUUUGACAAUUUGGUACAAAGAUCACAUAAUUUAUGCAAGAAUAUCUUGCUUUAGGAAGGACCGCAUAACUGAUUUUAAUGUCGGACUUUGUCAAGAAGUUAGACUCAUACUUCUUAAAAGUUUGAGAAAGUUUGUUAGUCAGUCACUGGAAAACCCCAGAACUCCGAUAGCAUUCGAAGAGUAUAUUCAAUGCCCAGAAAUGGAAGAGUCUGUGCACAAUGAAGGCAUGUUUAGAUUGGAUGAAUUCAUGUAUGAUCGUGAAUUAAAGUGUAGAGCAGCCUCCUGUAAGAAAACUCAUACGGUAGAAAGGAAAGAUGCAAUGAGCCACUGGUAUAAAACAACAUUAGAUUUACUAGAUAAUGAAGAUGAUUUGAAUACACCAGUUUCAGAAAGCGAUCUAUCUAAGGUUGCCAAGGAGAUCGGUUAUGAAUACUGGAUGUUGGGAAUUGUACUUGGGUGCAGCAAUCAGCAAUUGAACACUUUGAGUGCUACCCAUGACUUAAGGAAGGAGCGUUGUACAUUUGUUUUCCAGUACAUGGUAAUCUGGAUGAAAAGAGAGGGAGAAAGGGCAACUAAGCAGCGGCUUAGUAGAGCUAUACACGCUGCUCGCCUUUGUUUGUCAAGGGGUGAUAAAAUAACCCCAGUAAUCUUUUAAAGCAACGUCUUUUUCACAAUAUGUAUGCACUCAGAAAAGAAUGAUUAAAAGAAAACAGUAGGAACUGUUAAUGUGUCACAGGCACGUAACACAUUUGGUACUAGAAAUUCUGCAGACAAUGAAGCCCCUUCCCACAAAACAUGUUUGGACACAGAGAAAUCAACUAUAAAUUAUACAGAAGACUAGACAAACGGGCAUCAUACGAAAAUUGUCGCAGUAAAUAUUCUUUUUUUGCAAUCAUCUACACAUUAAGGUCAUUCGGUCGUGAAAGUUUGAGCAACAUUCACCAGUUGUAACGUGUUUCUUUUCAAUCAUGUACAUAUUAAUGUUCUUCACCCGAGAAAAAGUGAGAGAGAUACACUCAGUAUUUAAACAUGAGUUUAAAUAACAAAGUUGUGGGACGAUGUAUUCUAAAGUGGAAAAACAUACAAAGGGUCGUUAUUCUGCCAAAAAUUGUCGCAGCAAAAACUCAUUUUUAAGCCAUCUACACGUUAAGGUGUUUCCAAUGGUAAUAAAUUGUGCGAGAUCCACCUAUAAGUAAAUGGGGAGUUGAAAACAUAAGCUUUACACAAUUUUGGGACUAUAGGAUCUGAAGUAGAAAACGAACAGAGGGCUCUAAUUCUGGCAAAAAUCGUUGCAGCUAAAUUUUCAUUAUCAUUUACAAAUUAAGCUCAUUUAUGAACGUUUCAACAAGAUCUACCUAUUUAUUAAAGAGGAAUUGAAAACACAAUCUUCGUUUAUUAUAUAGUCUCUUGUGGACAAAACAGACAAAGGGCCAUAAUUCAGAAAAAGAUCGUCGCAGCCCCAGUUCCUGGCAUGGCAAUCAUCUGCAAUCAUUCACUGUGAAAGUUUAAGCACCAUCAAACCAGUUGUUUAGGAGGAGUUAAAAACACGAGCUUGGAUGGAUACAUACGGAGCGACAUACGGACGGAAAAGUGCAAUGCCUUAUUCCCCUUAUUAAAAACAACAUUUUCGUACAAUUGUGUUUUAUAUGAAAUACGUGAGCUAUUAAAAGAUGGUUUUGCUUACGGUCUGCAGAAUCACACUUGGGUACAUAAGUGGCUCACUGAAGAUUUUUCUUGGAUUAACUGUGGUACUGGACGCUUGUGAUAAGUACACAAUCAAUAGUAUAAAUAACCAGGUGCUUGUGAGUCAUUGAACCAUUUUAUUUUCGAUCGCCCCUAGCAUUUGUGAGACACUUUUUACAGUAUUGAAAACAAAGUGUGGGCAUCUGUACUCAGAAAGUAAGUUAUUGUCUCUGGAACAUUGUUUCGUGUGUUUCUAUUAUAGUUUAAUACACAUAUAUGGCCAUAAACGAUUUGUAUGGGAGAUCGCAGGAACGGCAGAUUGAUAACUUGUUGACUUUGGUUCGGGUCGUCCCGUUCAUUCUCCAAAGUUAUCACUAAGCGAGUUGAAUGUAGAUGAUUUUUCUCGUUUUUUAAAGGACGUGUGAAUUUGUGAUAAAAUAUGGAAAUUAUUAAUGAAAAGAUCGUUAAAAUAACGUUUUAUUUUAAAGGGGCCUUUUCACAGAUUUUGGCAUGUUUUGAAGUUUGUCAUUAAAUGCUUUAUAUUGAUAAAUGUAAACAUUGGAUCUAAAAAGCUCCAGUAAAAAUUCAAAAAUAAAAUUAAGAAAAGAAAAAAAGUAACCCUCAGCAGUGCUCGAACCACUGACGCCUGGAGUCCUGGAGUAAAACGUCUACCACACGGCCAUUCUUCCUGAUACAAGGCUAUGUGUAUUUUAUACUUUAUAUAAGCAAUCCUCGUAGUUUCACAAAAUAUAACAACAACAACAGAACUAUCCAAAGUAUUCAUUCGUUUCGCUUUAUAAUUUUCAGGUUUUUAAAUCGUCAAAAGAUGCAUAAAAUAGCUAUUUUAGAGCAUGUUCAGUAUUACUGUUAACUCACAAAUAUCAUAACUAAAACGAAAAUUUGCGAAUCUGAAACAACUUUUUUCAAUUUUGUCAAUUUACCCAAACGUGAAAAGGCCCAUUUAGUGAAUAAAAUAUUUUGACAUAUUUCCCUUUAAUAAGUUUUUUGCAGUGUUGAGCUGUUUUGAUAUAUAUCGUUUUGUCUAUAAACAAAUGCAUACAUUAACUGUCGCAAACUUUGCGAUUUAAUUGAUUGUUUUUUCUAAUAUGGUUUUUGGCGCUAAAUUAAAUAACCACGUGAUAUGAAUUUUGUUUAUGUAAACUUAACGUAUUAAUAGAAUGCAAUGUAUUUCAUGAUUCACGUGCUUUUUGUUAAGAAGAUGUAUUUCAUGAUUCACGUGCUUUUCGUUUAGAAGAUGUAUAUCAUGAUUCACGUGCUUUUCGUUGAUAAAAUGUAUAUCAUGAUUCACUUGCUUUUUGUUUAGAAAUUUUGAUUACGUAAAUGUAGAUUGUUUAAUCUAAUACUCCUCUUUGCUCCAAAUUAUACUUUUGGCGGGAAAUAUGCUCAUUAUUUAGCGUAAUCAGGAUUAUCUUGCUUUUCAUGUAUUUGUUAAGUAUUUUCGCGCCAUUCUUUUCACUUUAUAUUUCGAUGUUAUCCUGAACGUGUGGGAGUGUAAGUGGAAUGUACGGGAUGUAAAAAAGUUGAAGUAAAAGUAAUUGUUAAGUGCUGUUUAAAAGUUUGAAACGAAUACAUAUUGUUAUAGGAUAAUAAAAGUGGUCUAAAAGGAUUUAAAGAGUUGUUCUUAGUGUUAAAAAAUUCAGUGUAGUUACAAACGGAAAGGAAAUUCCGCUACAUUAACCACAUUCAUUUAGUAACACAUUAGGUACUAGUAUAUAAAUUGUAUAUAAAGCAUUUUAUAGUAGUUCCAUAUUAAUCACUUUCAGUUAAUAAUACGUUGUUUUCCAUACUUUGCCAUAGAAAGACGUAUUUCAUUUUCAGCACAUAAUUUUUAUCAAAUUGCUAAUUAUUCAUGUGUGUAUUUAUUGUCAGUGGGACUACACAAAUGCGUGACAACAAUAAAAAAAGUUGUAUUGUUUUACUGAAAAGAAAAUCUUUAAAGCUAAACAUUUUAUUUGUGAUAUUACCACUGGGGGUAUUAAAAAAUACUAGUGGUGUCUAAGACGUACUUACCUGGUAUAUAAACUGUUGUGCAUCGUGAAAUAUUUUACUGAUAUUCACUGCUUUCUGUAAGAUUUUUGUAUUUGUGUUAUGUUAUAAAACCUGUUUGAAUGAGUAAUUGUGUAAAUUUGUAAUAAUAUUAUAUUUGUGUUGUUUUGAGAAGCUUUAAAAAUAUAGCAUUUUAUUGCAGAUAGCAAUAUGUUAAAUGAGGCGUAAAUCCCCAAUGGAUAUUUGUAUUCUGAUGUAAAGAGUUUUUAAAUUGUGUGUUCUUGUUCAAGGUAUCAAAUAUUUUAUCAGAGCGAAUGUACUAAAUUUAUAGAAAAACUGGCAAAUACCAUUAACCAUUUGUAUGAGUUAACGUGAAACUUUGAUUUGAGAUAUAACCACUGGAGGUAUUUCAAAAUACUAAUGGUUAUUAAUACCUACUAAUAGAAACUGUAUUAUAUCAUACAAUGCGUUAUAGAUAUUCAAUGUUUUCUGCAACAUUGUUUAAAUUUAAUUUUGAUAUGAACCCUUUAUGCAUGAGUUAUUUUGAAAAUGUGUAAUGAAAUAAUGUUUUGUUUUGUGCUUAAAUGCUUUUAAUAUUACCAUUUAUUGCAGUUAGCAAUAUGUUAAUGGAAGCUUAAGUCCAAAAUGGCUGUUUUUAUUCUGAUAUUUAAGAAUAUUUUGUAUCUAAGUGGAGUUUCUAAAUUAUGUGUUAUUGUUCAGUGUAUGAACAUUUUAUCAGAGCGAAUGUGCUUAAUAUAUAGUAAAACUGGCCAAUACCAUUAACCAUUUGUAUGAGUUACGUGAAAAUACUUGAAAGCCAUGCAUAAUGAACGGACACAACCUUUUACAAGUUUGAUUUAUGUUUUGAUAAUUACAUUUGAUUAAGUCAAGAUCCUGCUCUAUAUCUGUAUUUAUGAACGGUUUGAUUAUUUUCUCCCUAGUUUGUGUUGGAAUUAUUGAUAUGCUUAAGUGGUGAAUUUCAAAGAGAUAGUGUCUGAUUUUGGAUUAGUUUAUAUAAAGGUAAAACGAUUUAAAAAUCUGGUCCAUUGCGGUAUUAGAAAAAAUGCGAUUGACAAUUUCGAAUUAUAAAUGUUUAAAAAGAAUACUCUGAUUUAAGUCUAAUAUUUCUUAAGUAACUAGAUGUAAAUAGAUAGGUAAUGUUGGUUAAGAUAAGUGAUUUAGUGAUUGGUUUAAAUAUAACUUUUCAAACUGUAUUUGUUUGCAAACAGACAUAUUGAUCCAGAAGAAUUGAAACAUAGGUUCUCUACGUGGAAAUUUGUUAAAUGUUUCAUUAAUUAAUUAUUUUUUCGCACUAUCAAAACUUAAUUAUCCUAGAUGUGGUACAAUAGUGAAUAUGGAUAUCUUAAUUUUGAUUACAAAACUGAGUAAAAGGUUUUCUUUUGACAUGCUUUAGAAAGGCACAUUUUCUUACAAUUAUCAAUAUUCUUUUCAGUAAGCCAUUGCAAUAUAACAGUUCAAAGUUAUUAAGGCUUAAUUAGAUAAAGCUGUCAAAUUCUUUGUGAAUUAAAUUGCUUUUGUUAUACCAAUACAUUUUAUUACUAAUUCAUGUCCAAUAUUUACAAUGUCAAUGUCUGCAUGGUAAAAAGUUGUGGGACAUACAUGCAUUCUAAAAAUAAAUAGGUGUAUGAGCAUACGUGUUUUAAGUAGAUGCUAGAAAUUGAUGUUUUGUGUGCACCUAUGCACGUAUUAUUCAAGAAAUGCAAAUAAACGAUCACUAUUUUUACUAUAAAUAUCAUGUGUAUUUGUGUGUAACAAAAUGGAGCUGUCUUUGAUUAAGUUACAUACUCAUCAUAUGUAGUUAUUUUAAUGAUUUGUGUGUAGUCCAAUGAUGAUAUGGGAUUAAAUGUAUAUGUUCACAUUCAGGAGUGGACCAUUUUAUUCAUGAGCUAGAUCCUGUAGGUUAUUGCAUAAUACAAUAUUAUAUUAACAUUACGCAUGUGUAGAUACUUACAUGAAUAAAGUAUGCAUUAUAAUACUGGUAAGCAUAUAAUGCAUAUGGUAGACAAUGAACUUGUUAAUGUUGCCAUGUUGAUAACAGUGUGUGUGUGAUCAUUAAUGUUUAUACAAUCUAUAUGUUUGUGUUGAUUUUUGUUUCCGUUUAUUACUAGGUUAUUAUACUGAGGAGUGUGAGUGUUCUUUCAGAAAAAAAGAGUUUAAUUUUGAGUGUGAAUUAGUUUACAAAAAUGGCAACAUUGGAUUACAAAAGAAAUACGAUGUACAGUUUCAGAUUGUUUUUAAUCAGUAACUCAUCGCUUGUGUUUUCUAUGAAUUGGUUCACAUGUAAUAAUAAUGGCCUCUAAACGUUGAAUUUUAUUAAUUUCAUGUGCUUGUUAACAUCAAAUUGUGUUUGAUUUAUCUCCCAUUAAUAUAAUAUACGAUUUGUAUUUCUGGGAAUGGACAAUGUUUUUAAAUCAUGUGUAUGAGUCAAUUGGGAAGAUAUUGUUCUUUAUUAUAUUCACAAUAUUAAAGUAUUUAUCUACUGUACGUAAAAAUAAUUGUAUUGCGAUUAUAUGUGCUUUAUGGAUAUUUAAUAUGAAUUUGCAGUAAUUAAGUUUAUCUUAGAGUGGUAACAGAACUUAUAAUUAAGAAACGUAAAAUUAAUUAACAUACACACCUCUCGCUCAGUUACAUUCCUAGGUAAAUGUUGAUAAUUUAAUGAUACCCCCACUAAACAUAGUUUAGGGGGGUAUAUAGGAGUGACCUUGUCUGUCGGUCGGUCCGUGUCCGCUUUCUAAUUCAAGUAGUUUUCAUCCGAUCUCACCAAACUUGGUCAGAAGUUGUAUCUCGAUGAUGUAAAGGUCAAGUUCGAACAUGGGUCUUGCCGGGUCAAAAACUAGGUCACGGGGUCACUUAGUACGUUUUAAACAUUCAGCAUGUUGUACGCUCUCUAAUUCAAGUAGUUUUCAUCAGAGCUUCACUAAACUUGGUAAGAAGUUGAAUCUAGAUGAUGUCUAGGCCAAGUUCGAACAUUGGUCAUGGCAGGUCAAAAAAUUAGGUCAAGGGGUCACUUAGUGCGUUUUAACCAUUGAGGAUGGUGUCCGCUCUCUAAUUCAAGUAAUUUUCAUCGGAUCCUCACGAAACUUGGUAUGAAGUUGUAUCUAGAUGAUGUUUAGGUCAAGUUCGAAUAUGGGUUAUGCCGGGUAAAACAAGGUCACUGGGUCACUUAGUACGUUUUACACAUUCAUCAUGGUGUCUGCUCCCUAAUUCAAUUAGUUUUCAUUGGAUCUUCACCACAUUUGGUCAGAAGUUGUAUCUAGAUGAUGUGUAGGUCAAGUUCGAACACGGGCCAUGCAUGGUCAAGAACCAGGUCACGGGGUCACUUAGUGAGUUUUAGAUAUUGAGCAUGUUGUCUGCUGUUUUUUUGCGAAGACAACAUGCAAAAUAUUCUGUGUCAAUGCGGCAUGUGGGGGUAUUCGUCACGUCUGUGACAAAAAUCUAGUUUAUAGGGUGUAUGUUUCUUUAAAUAUCUUUAUAACUACUGAAAACUUAAACAAAUAGGUAACAUAGUUAUAAGCAUUUGCCAGAAUACAUUUAUCUGUUGAUUGAAUAUUCCUUAACAUUAACCAUCAAUAUCAAUUGUGAUAAUUAUAACUAUGUCAAAUAUAUACCAUCCAAUAUUUGUGUUUAAUGACCAUUUUUUAGCUCAUCUAUUUUUUGAAAAAAUCACCUUGGCGUCGGCGUUCGGUUAAGUUUUGCGUUUAGGUCCACUUUUCUCAUAAAGUAUCAAUGCUAUUGAUUUCAUACUUGCAACACUUACUAACUAUCAUGAGGGGACUGUGCAGGCAAAGUUAUGUAACUCUGAGUGGCAUUUUGACAGAAUUAUGUGCCCUUUUUCAUACUUAGAAAAUUGAAAAUUUGGUUAAGUUUUGUGUUUAGGUCCACUUUUUUCCUAAAGUAUCAAAGCUAUUGCUUUCAUACUUGCAACACUUGCUAACUAUCGUAAGGGGACUGUGCAGGCAAAGUUAUGUAACUCUGACUGGCAUUUUGACGGAAUUAUGGGCCCUGUAUACUUGAACAUUUGGUUAAGUUUUGUGUUUUGGUCCACUUUACCCCUAAAGUAUCAUAGAUAUUGCUUUCAUACUUGGAACACUCGCAAACUAUCAUAAGGGGACAGUAAAGGACACGUUGCAUAACUCUGGUUGUCAUUUUUACGGAAUUAUGGCCCUUUUUUGACUUAGUAACUUUGAAUAUAUGGUUACCUUUUGUGUUUAGAUCCACUUUACUUCUACAGUAUCAAGGCUAUUGCUUUUAAACUUCAAAUACUUUCAUGCUAUCAUGAGGGUACUGUACCUGUAAAGUUGAAUUUUACCUUGACCUUUGAAUGACCUUGACUCUCAAGGUCAAAUUAUUAAAUUUUGCUAAAAUUGCCAUAACUUUUUUUAUUUAUGAUUAGAUUCGAUUGAUACUUUGACAAAACAACUCUUACCUAACAUACCACCAUAGACUCCACCCAAACCAGUGGUGAAAGGUCAAGGUCAUCAUUCAAGGUCAAAUCUCAAAUUUAUGUUGUCUGUCCGUCCGAAAACUUUAACAUUGGCCAUAACUUUUUCAAUAUUGAAGAUAGCAACUUGAUAUUUGGCAUGCAUGUGUAUCUCAUGGAGCUGAACAUUUUGAGUGGUGAAAGGUGAAGGUCAAGGUCAUCCUUUAAGGUCAAAUGUCAAAUAUAUGGCGUCUGUCCGUCCGAAAACUUUAACAUUGGCCAUAACUUUUUCAAUAUUGAAGAUAGCAACUUGAUAUUUGGCAUGCAUGUGUAUCUCAUGAAGCUGCACAUUUUGAGUAGUGAAAGUUCAAGGUCAAGGUCAUCCUUUAAGGUCAAAAGUCAAAACAAAAA